ACUGUACCGAUGGCUGGGUGUAUUUUCACCAGAUUUUUUUUAUCUAUAGAAAAGUGAAAGGCCUCUCGUUGUUGAUAUUUCCAUAACGUUCAAGAAGAGGAUACGCUGUCAAGAUGGAUAUUGACCAGCUAGAAGCAGAGGCCCAGCGGCUGGCACUGCAACAGGUUGCCAACAUGCUGCAGCGGCCCGACCAGCUGGAAAAAGUUGACCAAUAUAAACAGAGGGUGAUCAGGAAGAAGAACUCUGUUGAGGCCAUGCUGAAGACAGCGAUGCAGAGCCAGCUGGAUGAUGUGAAGCUGGGCCUGAACCAGUUGCAGGCAGCACUGCAUGAUAUUCAGGAGUCCAGACAAAGUCUGCAGGAGAUCGAGGCGGCGCUGGAGGAGGUGCCGGCCUUACUGCCGCAGUUCUCCGAGCUGCGAGAGGAGAGUCGCCUCCACCAGCAGUACGAAGCAGCCGUCUGUACCAUGGACUUCACCCUGAUGAUCGACAAGUUUGUGGAGCGCGCACAGAAGGUCAUGGAUCAGGGCACCCUGCUGGCGGCGCACAAGUAUCUGAUUGAGCUGGAGCGGACGCGGGACCGUCUGUUGAUCGACCUUCUGCGGAAAUUGGGCGGUCACAGCAGUGAGAUGGAGCGGCUCAAGGCGCACUUCAAGGAGGUGGAGGCGCUCUCCGACCGGCUUGGUAAGCAGCUGUGGCUGAAGCUGAGCCGCACACUGGCCACUGUGCGCCGUGAGCCGCAGGAGAUCGUCACCGUUCUGCGUAUCGUCGAGCGGGAGGAACAGGCGGACGCUGAGCUGCGUGACGCCCUGACCACCGACUAUGUGCCGCCGGGUCGGCCCAAACGCUGGCGGCAGCGCGCACUCCAGGUACUGGAGGAAGCCGUCAACACUCGUAUAGAAGCGAACGCCUUCGAGAGUAGAGCUGACAACAAGAUGUGGCUGGUCCGACAUCUAGAAGUCUGCAGACUGCUCGUUCUGGAGGACCUGCAGGUGGUCAAGAAACUCUGCGUCGCCUGCUUCCCGCCCCACUACGGCAUCCUCAACACCUACGUGAAAAUGUACCACACGGCCCUAUCCAAACACCUGAUGGAGACCAUCUCGUGCGGCCUGGAGGGUAACGAGUACUUCACGCUGCUGUCGUGGACGCAGAACACCUACCCGGGACCGGAGCUGCUGGGUCAUCCGAGUCUGGCCAUCAGCACCAAGGCGCUGCCACCGCUGCUCGACCAGCAUACGGUCGAUACCCUCAUCAAGGAGUAUGUGGAGAAAAUCGAGACCAACUACCAGUCGUGGCUGGAGAAGACGGUGGCGCAGGAGGUGUCGGACUGGCGCCGCGACGUGCCGCCCGACGCCGACGGAGACCUCUUCCAGACGGCCGCGCCGCUCAUCGUCUUCCAGAUGAUCGACCAGAACCUGCAGGUGGCCAAGUCGGUCAGUGACGACUUUGCCAUGCAAGUGUUGUCCGUCAGUCUGUCGCAAGUAACCAAAUUCUGCGGCGACUAUCGAGAAGCCAUCGUCGCUUACAAGGGUCAACACUUCACUGACCGUAGUCUGAUCCGCUACUUCACCCACUACAUGAUCGCCAUCGUCAACAACUGCUCCAGCAUCAUGGAGCUGGCCAAGCAGACCCGGGACCGCUACUGGAAGCCGCUGUCCAACGACUAUGGAGUGGCGCGCUCCCUCGAGACGCUGCUAUCGACGUACCAGAAGCUGGGUAACGACAGUGCCGGCUUCCUGCUGGAGGAGAUGGCUCUGGACCUGGAGCCGCACUUCCGUGACCUGCUCACCCGCCGUUGGAUGGGCUCGCCGGAGGCGGUCAACACCAUCUGUGCCACCGUGGAGGACUACUGCCACGACUACGUCCAUCUCAGGCCCGAGACGUUCGAGCAAACGGUGGCUGACGCCCUCCAGAUGAUCUACCAAAAGUACCUGGCCGCGCUGCUCCAGAAGAGAAUCACCUUCAAGUCCCCCGAGGAGCGUAAGGCCGGCGCCGACAAGAUCGUCUCGGACACGUCCCAGCUGGUGGAGACGUUCGAGCGCAUCUCGCCGGCCAGUGUCUCCCACGAGGAGGACAGUCCGGACGCCAUUCUCCGAGCAAUGACAGAGGUGCUGCGUGUCGAGGACGCAGACCUGCUGACUCUGGAGCUGCACGGUCUACUGCGCCACUGUCCGGACGCCAGCUCCGACCACCUGACCGGCCUGCUGCUGCUGCGAGGAGACCUCGGGCGGCUCGAGGUAAGACAGCGUGUCCAGCAGCUGUUGGAGGCCGCCCCGCCGUCCGGCGCGCAGCCCGCCACCACCGUGAUGUCACAGGUGCAGCUGCCCAGCGGCCUGUUCCAGUUCACCUGAGUGGCGGGAUUGUCCGGACGGGCGUGGAUCGAGAGGUAUUCGGUGUGUGGAGACGGACAGAUGGACAAUGGUGCAGCCACUGCCACUGUUAUGGCCCGCGAAGAACCGUAUAUCUGUCUGCUCCUUCUCCUGAGGAUAUAUUGGUCGAAGAACCGAGCUCCAGCCGCCGUGUGUGCACAUACCGGACUGAGCUGUCAGCUGUGCGGAAGUUGGUUUGCUGAAAAGAAGCAGUGUCCUAUUGUGAUCACCGAUUCCGUCAAAAUGCUCGGCUUUAGAUGUCUUGGAACAGUGGAGCUGAUAAUUGAAAUGAACAGUGUAUGAGAUAUAUCAAGCGGUGGUAUCUGAUGGAUGCUUGCUGUUACGCCGCCGUAUGCUUUCUGUUCUCAUACAGCAUUUGUAUGAUUAUUCCCGGCUAUGACUGUUACGAUUACUAUUUAUGCAUCUGAGUCUUUGUAUAGAUUGUUUAUUUGAGAUCCCGGGUUUUGUCUGUGUUGGACUGAUCUUCAGAGCCUGAUUAGCUGUUUCGUAAAGUGACCACCGCUAUGUGUGAUGGACGCUGACCAUUACAGAUGUAAGACCUUG